CGGCGCCACCGGAAGUGGAGCGCGAGGCGCGGGAAGCUGAGGAGGCCUUGGCUGCUGGCGAUGGGGCCCAAAUGGCGGCCGCCCUGAGCGCCCUGAGGCGACACUUGGGGGGCCCGGGGCCCGCUCCCCUCCAUUUCUCCGGCCUUCUGCGGGGGCUGGUCAGCCGGCUGACCCCCGACUGGCCCGGGCAGCAGCUGGAGGGACUGUGGGGCAGUUUCUUCCUGGAAGGCCCCGCCGACCAAGCCUUCCUCGUGCUCAUGGAGGCCGUCGCCGCCGCCCCGGGGCCCUGUUUCCGCCUGACGAAGGUGGUGGACGUGUUGGCGGAGUUCCUGAAGAGGGGCCGGAUGGCCGCUCUGCUGUGGGAGCUGUGUGGUCAGCAGCAGCAGCAGGGGUCACUGGGGCCGCAGCAGGAGGGACCCCCUGACUCGUCGCGCCUACAGGAGACGUUGCUCCACAAGGUCGUGGGCCUCCCGGAUCACCUGAGCAACCGGCUGCAGAAGGGAAGCCUGGCCCUGUUCCUCCCCCAGAAUUACUUCCCGUUCCUGGGGGGGGAGAUUCUGCAGGCGCUGCACAGGAUCUCGGACUCCCUCCGAGGUGGUCUGGACUGUUCCAUCUCCUUCGUGUCUCAGGUCCUGGGCAAGGUCUGUGUCCACGGGAGGCAAAAGGAGAUCCUGGGAGCACUGGCACCUCGCUUGGCAGAGCUCACCCAAUCGGACUGCAUUUGGCAGAGGAUCUGUUGGCGGAUGGUGGAGUCUGUGCCACACAGCGCAAUGGAAGCCGUGGUCUCUGGGUUUGUCCGAGCAGCUCCGGGGGCCGACGUCCUGUCUCGAGUACUGGGGAACCUGGUAGUGAAGAACAAGAAAGCGCAGUUUGUGGUGACCCGGAAGUUGUUGUUCCUGCAGUACAGCCUCACGACCACAGGACUGCAGAGUCUCCUUGGAUACCUCGCCUUGGAUUCCCUCCGGCGGCCGCUUCUGGUUCAGGUGCUGAAGGAGCUCCUGGAGAUCUGGGCUAGCAGUAGCGCCGUGAAGCACUCCCCAGUAGAACAGCAGCUGUAUGUCAGCAAGGCCAUCCUCAUCUGCCUCGCCCACCUAAAGGACGCUGAGACGGAGAGCAUCCGGGCAGAACUGCUGGCCAGCCUGACAGAAGGGGCACAGUGCCACCUGGACAGCAGCCUGCCCCAGGUCCGGCGCCUGGGCAUGAUCGUGGCCGAGAACCUCAGCUCCCGCCUUCACCCGGAGGGGCCCGGCCUAAAAUUCCAGUACGAAGAGGACGAGCAGAGCAGAGAGCUACAGUCCCUGGCCAGGAUGCAGCCUUCUGAUCGCGCCGCGCCAUCGGCUGGACCAGAUCCUGGAUCUCAAGUCACAAAGAGUGCUGACCAGGAAAAAAGCCCAGCCCCGGCUCCAGUCCCAGAGGACAGCUGCGACUCUGAACUAGACAGCGACGACGAGUUCGUGCCGUACGACAUGUCCGAAGACAAAGAGCUAAAGACGACGAAGGUCCCCGUGUACAUCCGAGACUGUCUUGAAGUGCUGACGACGUCCGAAGACAUGGAACGGUGGGAAGCGGCGCUGAGGGUUCUGGAGAGCCUGAUCCGAAGGAACCGAACCACCACGAGAGAGGUGAGCGUGGAGUUGGCCAAGGUGCUGCUUCACCUGGAGGAGAAGACCUGCGUGAAGGGGUUUGCUUCGCUGCGGCAGAGAGCCCUCGUGGCCGUCACGGUCGCCGACCCGGUCCAGGUGGCACAGUAUCUGAUCGCCCAGUUCUCCGCUCUGAAUUACAGCCUCAGCCAGCGCAUCGACAUCUUGGACGUGCUAGCUCUUGCAGCCCAGGAGCUCUCGGCCCCCAGCCCCAGAGAGAAGCCCCAGCAGUCCCUCCCCACGAAGGCCGGCAUCCAGCCCUUGCCCGGAGAGCUGACCUCUGACCCCAGCAGCAGCACCCCCGAGGCCUGGAGGAAAAUUGUGGACCAGAGGAUCCAAAGCAAGACCCGCAGGUUUGCCAAGGGUCCGUCCAGGCCAGACCCAGUGGCGGUCCCCAACGACUUCAAUGCCGUGGCCGGCUGUUUCUUCUUCCCCCUCAUCCAGCGCUUCGACAGACCGCUGGCGACCUUUGACCUCUUGGGAGGCGACCACUUAGUGCUGGGCAGGCUGGUCCACACGUUGGGGAUCCUCAUGCACUUUGCGGUCAACACCACGGCGGCCGUGCCCAUGGGGAAGGCGCUGUUGGAGUUGGUGUGGACGCUCCGUUACCAUACUGACGCGUAUGUGCGGAGGGGCCUCCUGUCUGCCGUCUCCUUCACCCUCCUGAGCGUCCCCGCCACGUGCCUGCUGGGAGACCUGAUGGAUGAGCUCCUGGAGACCAGGGCCUGGCUGGCGGGGAGAGGAAUUCUCUAGCCCCGGGGGCCCUGACUCCGCUUCCUAUCUCCACGGGGAGCGUGUUUCCAUAAGAGGCGCUCCGGGGCCAAGGUCAGUCCGCUUGCCGGGUCCGGAGGGGGAUGGUCUCAGGGAAACUCCUCGACCCUCUCUGCGGUCCCGCCGCCCGCCUGAGGCAGUUUGUCGCUUCUGGGCUUGGGAUCUGUCCUUGGGUUGUUGCUUUUGUGGCUUGGGAGCUGAGAGAAGCAGCUGGGGAGAAUGAGCGUGAAGACUGGUCUUGGCUGGCUGCCGAGCCCAGGGUCCUCCCCUGGGGAGGUGGGCUUCGGGCGCAGUGUGGGCCGAGCGGCCCCAUAAGCACGAAGGGGCUUCCUGUGCCUUCCUCUCUCGGCCAGGCCCAACAUGGGCCUUCCGGUUUUCUACCAAUGAGCGCU